AUGGUCUUUAACAUAUUACACUUUUUUUUUUUAACAUCCUUAUUACUAAAAAAAUGUAUGGGUCUAAACAUAGGAUCAAAUAAAAACAAACCGAUGACUCUCAAUUUUAUUUCUUCCCAUGGUUGCAAUAGUAUAUUUAAUGACCAAAAUGGAAAAACACACAAUAUUUCACAUAAAUUUGAAAAUAAAAAAACUUUAAAUUCUAUCAACCAUACUGAAAUAGAUCAUUCGAAAAAUUGUAAACCAUUUGAACAGGGGGAUAAUGAAAAUAUCAUGAAGCAAAACAAUAAAGAACCAAUAAUUAACCAAGUCUAUACAGACAUUGAACAUGACAAACAUGACUAUAUAAAUAAAUUAUAUAAAAAUGAAAUAGGUAACCCUACUAAUUAUAAUGUAUAUAUCGAAAAUAAUAAGUUAGAAGAAUAUAUUUCAGAUGUUUCAGUAAGUAAAAAUGAAAUAUGUACAUUAUAUGAAGACAUGAACUUAGGACGUUUAUUUGAAAACUUAGUAGCAAAAUUAUACUAUAAUAAAAAAAUAAAUGGGUUCGUACAUCUAUAUAAUGGUCAAGAAGCUAUAAGUACUGGUGUUAUAAAAAAUUUAAGAAAUUCAGACUUUGUUGUUAGUACAUAUAGAGAUCAUGUACAUGCACUUAGUAAAAAUGUUUCAGCAAAAGAAAUUUUAAAUGAAUUGUAUGGAAACUAUUAUGGUAGUACUAAUCAAGGCAAAGGAGGUUCUAUGCAUAUAUAUAGUAAAAAAAAUAAUUUUAUUGGAGGUUUUGGCUUUAUAGGGGAGCAAAUACCAAUUGCUGUUGGGUUAGCAUAUAGCAUUUUAUACAAAAAAGAAUUCCCCCAAAACAUUUCAGAUUCCAUCAACUCAACAUAUCAAACUGUUUUGAAAAACAAAGAUCUACCUGAUAGUGAUAAAGAUAACCAAACUGAACGAAGGGAUGAAAACGAUCUAGAUGUAGUAGUCUGUUUUUUAGGUGACGGUACAAGUAAUAUUGGCCAAUUUUAUGAGUCUCUAAAUUUAGCAUCUACUUAUAAUUUACCUAUAAUAUUUAUUAUUGAAAAUAAUAAUUGGGCAAUUGGAAUGGAAGGAUCAAGAAGCUCUUUAGGAGACUUAACAAAUAAUUAUAAAAAAGGAGAAGCAUUUAAUGUAACUACUUAUAAAGUAGAUGGUAAUGAUGUAUUAAGUAUAUACAAAAUUGUAAAAAAAAAAAUUAAUGAAAUUCGAAAAAAAAAAUCAGGACCCGUUUUAAUAGAAGCUAUAACAUACAGAACAAGAGGUCAUUCACUUGCUGAUCCAGAUUUAUUAAGACGACUAGAUGAAAAAAAUUCAUGGAAAAAAAUUGAUCCCAUUAUUCUAUUAUCAAAUUAUAUGAAAAAUAAUAAUAUUGUUGAUUCUAUAUAUUUUGAAAAUGUUAAAAAAGAAAUUCAAAAAAUACUUUUAGAUGCACAAAAUGAUGCUGAUUCAAAUCUUGAAAAAAGUAAAAAUAUAGAUGUAUGUAAAUUAUAUAAUGACAAUAUUUUUGCACCUUCUGAAAUUACAAAAUAUCAAUCAUCAUAUUCAAACUACACAAAAUAUGAUCAACUAUCAGACGAUGAACUAGUUCAAUAUUAUCAAUCCUAUAUAAAUGAAAUAAAUGGAAAUUCUAUAAAAAAUGAAAAAAAUUAUUACUCACAAAUUUUUGAUAAAAAGGAGUUACCCCUAAUCAUAAAUUAG